AUGGCUACUCAGACCGGGUCCGCCUCGAAGAGGCCCAAGUUGUCCUUGUCCAUCAAGACGUCGCCGGCCCCUCACACAAGGGUUAAAAACUCACUGUCUGCCGUCGACCCCAGGGAUCCGACAGCUUUCAACACUCUGUCCAAUGUCUAUGUAACCGCCAUUGAGAGGUCAACGUCCGAGCCGCUGACUGCCAUCGACACUUCGCAACAACAACCUUCGCGCUUGAAGACGGGCCCGAAGCCUCCCCAGCUACGUAUCCAUACACCGUAUGCCGUCUCAUAUCCCGAGACACCGUUGACCGCACAUCCCAUUUCUCCCGGUGUAUCGAUGGAGAUGACCUUUCCGAGUACCAUGACCGCAACCCCGCCCCUGUCGGCCGGUCCCAUGGAUUCGAGCGGCCCUCAGAUGUUUGGCUUCUCUCCAAUCGACACAAGGACCCCUUUGACGGCAAUCGGAGUCACUAACCCGCCAGAGCCGCGUUCCCAACGGAAACGCAACAACCUUUGCCUGUCGGGCUCGAAGCCGCCAUACACUCACCCUCGCUCCCUUCACAGUAUCCUUCGCAACUCGCCUCUUCCUCCUCCGAGUGCGAAGACGCCCAUAUCACCGCGGCGCCAAUCGCUGCGCCUGCAGGAAAAGGCAGCCCGCCGGGUCGCUUACAACAGCCCGAUCGAGCAAACCAUCAUCACGGAAACAUACACCAAGUCUCAUAUUGACUUGCUCGCCGAAGAUGUGUCACCGGCGUCACCGACCCCGGCCCAGGAACCAAACAACGUCCUCGACCUUGCCAUGGCUUUCACGUGCGACGAAACGCGCGACGGCGGCAUGACCCCGGGGCCAUUUGAGGAGAUGAGGCGGCGAAUGGCUGGGAUGGCAGCCAGCUCGCCGACGGCAAGCCCUUCGGGCGGGAUUAGGAAGCGGAAGCGGAAGGAGAAGAAGCGCUGCUGGGUCUGGACCAUAGGCAAUCAAGAGGAGGAUGAGGAGAACCUAGGCGGGGCAGUGGCGGCGUUGCGGGCGGCCGAAGCGGCGGGACAAAUAUCAGAGCCUGCCCAAAAGAGGCAUACGGCGCCGGCGGUGGCGGUGCAGGCCUGCGGAGAUCUCCCGACGCCUAGCAUCGAGACGUUUGAGGAGGCCGGCGGCGACGUUGACAUGUCAGGCACGAGCAGCGUCUCGCGCGAUCAGGGCCUCACGCCGGGGGAUAUGGAUCUUGAACUAACGACGCCGACGGUGCCCAAGCGCCUCGUGUCACAGAGCGACCGGCUUGGAUCAGCGGACCUGUUUAACCCGGAGACCGGUAGCAGACGGGACACGCCCAUACCUUCAGAUAUGGCGGUCCGUUAA